AGGGACUGCCUCGCUACUAUUUACAACUGCCACCGUCACCUACAAGUGUGGGUGGUCCUGAUCCCAACAUCACCAAGCGUUUCCGAGACACCGCCUCGCAGCGUGUCUUCGACCAUACUCGCAAAUAUACUCCUGCUACUAGUCUGCCCUGACCCAGAUAUGCGUCCGUUGUAGCUGUGAAGCGCAUGUCCUCCGCCUCCCAUGUCACAACCGUAAAGAUCCCCCCCUUCGACCGACCGACCGACCGACUCUACCUAUCUCUGCCGUCUCUGACUCUGAGUCCCCCUCCCGAACGAUAGACCUCUCGAGCCAAACCAAUGACUUCGUACGGCCACGGCGUGCCAAUGGCUGCUCCGCGUCCUGGCCAACAGGUCGCUUACGGCGCGCCGAUGCAUGUGCACCAGCAGCCGCCUAUUCCUGGGCCCUCUGCCCCUGCCGGCACCUUCGCCCCAGGCACCAAGAUACAGGUCGGAGACCAUAGGGUGGUCAUUCAGAAGUACUUAUCCGAGGGCGGCUUCGCACACGUCUAUCUUGUCAAGGUGCCGCAGCCCGUCAACGGAACCGACCAAGCUGUGCUGAAGAGAGUCGCCGUUCCAGACAAGGAGACCCUCCGCGGGAUGCGGACCGAAGUCGAGACGAUGAAGCGGCUUAAGGGGCACCGAACCAUUGUCACGUACAUCGACUCGCACGCGUCCGAGCUGAAAGGGGGUGGAUACGAGGUCUUCUUGCUCAUGGAAUACUGCAACGGCGGAGGACUGAUCGACUUCAUGAACACCCGUCUCCAGCACCGCCUCACCGAGCCCGAAAUCCUCGGCAUCUUCUCAGAUGUUGCGGAGGGCGUCGCCUGUAUGCACUAUCUUAAGCCGCCGCUGCUACACCGAGACCUGAAGGUCGAAAACGUCCUCAUCACGGUUCACGGCUCGGCGAGGAAGUUCAAGCUCUGCGAUUUCGGCUCGGCGGCGCCGCCAAGACCUGCCCCUCAAACGGUCCAGGAGUGUCGCUUGAUAGACGAGGACGUUCAGAGGCACACUACGUUGCAGUACAGAAGUCCAGAGAUGAUCGAUGUGUACCGGAAACAGCCUAUAAACGAGAAGUCAGACAUAUGGGCGCUUGGGGUGCUUCUCUAUAAGCUCUGUUACUACACUACGCCGUUUGAAGAUCAGGGGCAACUCGCUAUCCUGAACGCAAGCUUCAGAUACCCAACAUAUCCGGUCUUCUCGGAUAGGCUGAAACAGCUGAUUGCAUCCAUGUUGCGGGAAGACUUGCGAGCCCGGCCAAACAUUUACCAAGUGCUCCGGGAGAGCUGCUUGAUGCAGGGUCGCGAGGUACCCAUACAUGACAUUUAUUCCAAUAAAGAGUCGAAAGGGAGCGAGAAGCAGGCAAGUCCAGGGAAGGAUGGUAGAAGCGCACCAGCCAUAGGCGCAGUGUACUCGCCACCACAACAACCCCAAGUCCAAGCCAUCCCCGACAUCACGCCUAUGAGGCGUGGAAGACCUGUCGCUUCUAGCCAGGCAGCUCCAAAUCACGGACCUAAACCCAGCCCAUCCCCGGCGAGAGUGACAGACGGCGAUCCGUUCGCCGCGCUCGACACAAAGACAGGGACGAGUUUCGGACAAGAUGAGCUAUCGUCGAGAUUCCCGACACUUGACCAGUUCGCUCUUCUACAUGAUCAGGGGGCAAAAUUUGACUUCGAUAGUCCAACAUCUCCCACCGAUCCCCAAAAGCAGCUCAGCCAGCGCGUCACUGAACAGCUCGCAGAUAGCGCGUUCGUAAGACCUCAGACUACGGCAACGGCGACUUCGUCUAGUCAAAGGCAGUCGGCAGAUCUAAGCAGAGUCAACCAAGUAGCAGCGGCAACUGAGCUGCGGAGGUCAUCACCGCCGCCUGGGUCUAUUAACAAGCCCGGUUCCGCGCCUCCUAAACCGCCUACAGAGAUGAGCCGCGCUUCGCUUAUAAUUUCCAGCAACCCUGAGCUCCAAGCAAUUUCCUCCAUUUUACCGCAAUCUUCCGAAGAGACUCUGAGUAGACCAGUCAUGGUUUCAACCGGAACCAUGACCAGCACGCCUCCACCUCCUGAGAGGCAACCCCGAGACUACGCUCCCAUCCAUCGGUUCCCUCCCGCCGACCAGCACCGCCCAUCGAGUUUGCCUAAGCAGGAGUCGGCGAGCACGGGUCCAAAACGGCCAGACCUCAGCUAUGCACUACGACCCUCAGCGAGUCCUCGAAUGGACCCUAUACAGCCGCAGGCUGGACACCACCGGCACUCGUCAUCGUCACGCCCCUCUCUCGAAGGCGGGCGACCCAGUGCCGAACUCCUCGAGCCACUAUCCAAGGCAUCAUCUAUGACCGGACGUCCCAGGCCGGCAAGCACUUACCUAGAAUCCGAUAUGGAUUAUCUUCGAGAGCGGGAAGCGGCCCCCAGGCCACUGCGCUCACCGGCAUACCAGAUUCAUUCGCUAGACAGAGAUCCGGCACCAAGAUUUGAUCUACUAGACGACACGACCAUAGAAUCAAACGUCGAUUUCCUCCGGUCGAUGGAGGACUCUGAUUCCAAGAAGAAAGACAAGAGCGCAAAACAGCAUUCGAAGCGCUCUAGUCUCACGUCUCUAGCGGGUACCAAGAACAUCCUAGCGGGGAAAUUUGGUGAUGCCUUCAAACGUUUCGAGAGUAAUACUUCAAGUUCCACCGCGCGGGUAUCGUCUCCGCUCAAGGAGGCCGAACGCCACGAUCUGACCCCUAUCGCCGGAUCGGAGGCAACCGAUGGUCGUAGUGACGACGGCCACGUCGGAGAGCCCGAGUUGACGCCAGAGAUGAGACGAGAGCUCGAGGCGCAGAGCCUUGCCGAGGAGGAACGGCGCGUGGAGGCUGCGGCUGCCGAAUACAAACAGCGGAUAGCAGCACGAGAUGCCGCAGGUUCGGCCUCGCUCCCCAAAAGUAUCGGCGGCGUCUCGCGGGCCGUGAGCAUUCAGAACCGUGUGCAGAAUCUGCUGGGCGAAUCCCAGAAGUCCUCGCAGCAGGUCGAGCGCACGGCAUCGGGCUAUGGGAGGUUCUCGGACGCAGCGGUAGCGAAGACCCGCGCGGACAAGCAGGUGCCUGAGGUGCCCCCAAAGACGGUCACCGGCAGUAGAGGGGGUGCGACUCCCCUGAAGCCUGCGAACACCGCGGAGGCUCCCGCAAUUCGAGGACGAGCUCCCGACCCGAUUUCCCCCGCUAAGCCUACUCUCCCACCUAAACCUACGCACCUAAACAGCCUACCGACGGGUGGCGGCGCGGGCGGUGGUGGAAGCAGUAGCAGUCGUGCUCGGUCGCCACCAAAGCCACGGGGGCCGUCACAGCGCAACUCGACAGAGCAUCUCGCGGGGGUGGGCUUGCCUGGCCGGCCGAUCCUCGAGAUGAGCUUCAAGGAGAAGGAAGACUACAUCCAAGACUUCUCCAAGCGGUUCCCCAGCCUAAGCUCCAUCGAGAUGGUGGAGCGAGACCUAGACGCCGAGGUAGAUGCAGGCAGCAGCAGCAAGGCGGUGAGACGAUGAGAAGAGGAUGGGGAGGCGAAAUAUGAGAGGUGAGUUGGGGAUAAGCGAGA